CCUUUUAAAGAAGACAAACAUCUUGGCAAGGGAACAUCAGGUACAGUAUCAAAGGUCAUUAACGUGCUUAGCAGCAAGUCCUUCGCACGCAAGCUCUUUUCCUUAGGUACUGAAUCUUCAAAGGCACACCAGUCGGAGAUGGAGAAGGUUGUAGCCGAGAUACAGCACUUGCAACGACUAGCAGGAGCCUGCCAUAUUGUCCAGUUGCAUGGGUCUUAUCUACGUGGGACAAAGGUGGCCAUUCUCCUACAGCCAGUAGCUGAGAAGGAUCUCGAGGGGUAUCUACUAGACUUUGCUCCCGCCUCAACUCAGUCGAAGAAGGCGAAAAAGAAGGUCCUUUACCGUCUAUUUGGGUGUCUCUGCAUUACACUCCAAAAAAUCCACGGAGGAAAACUUCGGCAUAAGGAUAUCAAGCCAGCGAAUAUCCUUAUUCAUGGAACAAACGUUCUCUUUACGGACUUCGGUAGUGCGAUAAAGUUCGGGGACGGUGGUAGAGGUACGACUGUGAGUGAGGAUCCUAAGGGGCAUAGCCCCAUGUAUGCGGCUCCAGAAGUAUGGAAAAAAGAAGCAAGAGAUGUAAUAUCCGACGUAUUUUCAUUAGGGUGCGUGUUCUUGGAAGUAAUUACAGUUCUU